AUGUCGGAGCUGGAACGCACGGUGACGGCGGGCGCGGCCGAGCGCGUCAUCCGCAGCUACGUCGGCACCAAGUCGGAGCGCGCCGCGCUCGCCGCGCUCUCCAGGCUCCUCAUGGACUCCGACCCCCUCGCCAUCCCGUUCUAUGAGGCAGUCACACAGGCCCGGUGGUUCAAAUGGAGCUCAAUCCAUGCUGCUGCAGUUGCCGCGUUGCUUGAAGGCAAUGGAAGCACCGGAGAAUCAAGGACCCUUAUCUCUGACUCCAUCUCGCAGCAUCUCCAGUCCACCAAUGAGGUAGCUCUCUUCUACUGCGACCUCAUGGCGGCUUUCUCCUCUCGCGGGCUGAAGGACCGGGCAAUGGAUUUCUACACAGAGCUACGGUCCAUGCCACUCUCUGGGCGCAAGACCUACAUGGCCAUGAUAAAGUCCUUGUGCCUGAUGGGUCUGCCCUCAGAGGCUGAGAAAACACUUAGGGAGAUGGUUUCUCUGGGGUACCAGCCUGAGGCAUUCCAGUUUGGGUCAGUCGCGAAAUGCUAUGGGAAGUCUGGCUCCCUGGUUGACAUGGAGAGGGUUAUUACGUCCAUGGCUGAUGCCGGCAUCCGCUUCGGCACUGGUGCAGCAGACACUGUGCUUUCAUGCUACAGCUCCUGCCGUGAUCACUCCAAGAUGCUGGCAUGGUUAAAGAAGAUGCGGAAAUUGCGUAUCGCGCCAACUACGAAAGGCUACAACUUUGUGCUGAACUCAUGUUCCUCACUCGCUUCGGUGGUUCAAGAGCUUGAUCCUUCACUUCCACUGUCAACGACUGGGUUGGUCAAGAGGCUCAGGUCUAUAUCUACACCGGCAGCAGAAGUCGAGCUGGUGCAAGAACUCCUGGCCUCCUCGUCGGUGCUUGACAAGGCGAUGGAGUGGUCAGAAACAGAGGUGAAGCUGAAUCUGCACGGAUUCAGUACAGUUUCAGCCUAUGUACUGAUGCUGCAAUGGGUGGAUGCGGUAAAGGGUCGCGAAUUGCCAUUGGAGGUGUCAGUGGUGUGUGGCAUUGGAAAACAUAGUGAUGUCCGAGGUGAGCCUAAAGUGCGUGAACUGGCACAGGAGGUACUGAGCCGGAUGGGGAGCCCCCUACAGCUGUCUACAAGGAACAAAGGGCGGCUUGUGGCAAAGCGAGACAGGGUGAAGCAGUGGCUGGCCAGCUUUCCCGUGCCUGAGGAGGGAACAGAUCAAUGGCCUGAUGCAACAAGCCAACAACCGUAUGUAUUUACACUUUUCAGAAAACUUGGACAAUUUUUUUCCAACCUGGUCUAG